ACGACUUCUUCCAAACAAACAAGCCGGCAACUCGUAUUCCAUUCGAAAGCCGGGUUUACUUUCGUUCUAUCCCUCUUGUAAUUAGGGUUUCUUCUGCGCUCGUAAUUCAGGCAUAUAUCGGACGAACUGCUCGAUCAUCUUCGUCACUCGAACUCGUAUUCUAGGGCUCGUUUCGAUCAAAGGACUGCUCUCUCACAGUAGCGUUACGAACGAGGUGUUGAUUCCUUAUUCUCGGCGCUAUUUCACCCUCUCUCUCUCUCUCUCUGAUUAUUUAAGGUCGUCCGCGAUUAUAUACAUACACAGCGACGAUGGUGGAGCGAAAGCUAUUCAAGACGAAGCUAUGCGUGCUGUAUCAGAAAGGUCAUUGUCAUCGCCAGACCUGCUCCUUUGCUCAUGGAGAUGCUGAGCUUCGGCGCUUUUCCGGUUCCUUUAAUGGUAGACGUGACUAUCGAGGCAAUGACUUCAGAAAUAGGCUCGACCGAAGGCAUUCUCCACGGCGGAGGUAUUCCCCUGGUCGAGAUGCAGGAGGUCGACAUACACUACGCGGAUACAGUCGCAGCAGUUCUCCUGGGAAAAGGAGUGAGAAAAAGCGUCGAAAUAGACAGCAGCUGGAUGGUCAAAGUGAUUUUUCUGGAAGUGGGAAAAUUUCAGAUGGGACUGAAGAUCAUAUUCAAGACAGAAAGCUGACACCCUCUGAUUCCAAAGGUGUACUUAGGGAGCAGUUAAGACAAGUGCAGUCAGACAUCAACAUGCUGAGUAGUCACAAAUCUGAACUUCAGACAUACUUGGAAGAGAGGGUCCAAGAAGUAGAUUGUCUUACUUCAAGAAUCCAGGAGCUAGAGAUGCAAUUGGGCCAAGAGAAAGAGGAAUGCAAAAGGAUUACUUCAACAAUUAGGAAGUUCGUUAAAGCGCAUAAUAAGUACAAAGGCUUACAAGAUCAAGUAAAGAGGUCGCAUGACCGACUUCAAAAGCUGGGGGAAGAGCUGGCCUCAAAUGCUACUAGGCUUGUCAAUGAGGAAGAUUCAGGCAUCAACAUUUUAAGUGAAGGAGAUAUUACUGGUAAUCUAAAGUUGAGCCCUCUGAAUGAGCUGCAAAAGAUUGCUUCUCCUAACAAGAAAAGGUUACGAGUGAAUGUGGAAACUGCCGAGGAGUUGAAAUCUGGAGUGGCAAGAUCAGUGAAGCAUUCCCGGUGGAAUGAGCAACAUGCUCAAUUUAACAAUACGAGGGAUGGGGAGGUAGAUUAUAAUGGAACCGGUGAUCAUAGGACUGUCGCCAAUGAAGCCAUUCCUAAACGAGGGAAGAUUGUUUUUGCGAAUGUUCCCUCUGCAGAAAAGUCCAAGGGUUCUGAACAGGGCUUGGUGCCGCCAACCGGCAUGGCUGCUCAUGCAGUUGAUGAAGGUCUCGAAACGAUGGAAGUGGAGGGCGAUCUUGACGUUUUUGAAACAGCUUCGACAGCAGUUGAGAAAGGAGCUACAUAUGGGGUGCCAGGCUUGCCAUUUCCUCUGCCGCCACCGCCUCCUCCACUCUCUCACCAUGCAUAUUCAAAGUACAAGGACGAGGAUUUGAAGGCCCUUGAGGAGGAGAUGGUAGAAGUGGACGUUGUUUAAUGUUUUUCACCAUCAUGAAUGUCUUCGUUUCGCAGUUCCUAAAACUCUAGCCUUCUUUGAUAAUCAUGUAGGUUGGGAGGACUGGUGUUUUCAGGUGUAAUUAACAUUCCUCAAAUUUUUUUUUCUUUUUUCUUUUUGUUUAUGUAGAAUGCUUGGAAUUCGGAGAAAGUUGAGAGUUUUUUUGUGUGCUGAAAGCUUGUAAUGAAUGGAAAAACCUCAAAACGAGGGAAUUUUGAAUAGGAAGUAGAUUGAUGCCUA